CUAGCUAGCCUACGGUACCGGUACCGUACGAUCGAGCAAUGUCACACGAUUGAACUCUCGCCUUUUCGACUCGACCUCUCACCGAAUCUCAACCGGAUCCACGUAUUUUCAGUAUUUAUUUUUAAUUUUUAUCCAUGAUUCUAUCUCAGCUGCAAUGAAGCCCUCACGUGCGUUAUUUGUGAUGUAUUUGACCCUCAUGGUUAUCAAGAACAGUGCAGAAAAUGGAGAUAUUAAUGAAAGUCUGACUCCGACGCAGUCAGCCGAAACCAAGGAGGAAUUGGCCGAAGCCAGGGGUGUAGAGCCAGAUGAUAAUCCGUUAGGCGAAGGAGAAGGCGCGGGCUGCGGCUGUGGGUCAUCUGCCCUGAAUAGGAACCACGGUCACGAUGAUGAGGACAAUUCACAUGAUCAUGUAAACGAAGAAGCUGCCUUGAAAUAUUCUUUGGAGGCAAAUGACCCUAUUCAUCAAUCUGAAGCAAAUUUUGCUGCCUUUCCAAGAACACAUCAAAUGAAUUACAUUGAAGGAGGGACAUUUCAAAUGGGGACAGAUUCAGCAAAAAUCUAUCUGGAUGGUGAAAGUCCAUCGCGAUUGGUCACUCUUGAGCCCUACUAUUUUGAUGUGUAUGAAGUUAGUAAUUAUGAGUUUGAAUAUUUCGUCAACACAACUGGUUAUUCAACAGAGGCUGAAAAUUUUGGAGAUUCCUUUGUUCUCGAAGCUAGGAUUAGCGAAGAAGUAAAGAAAGAUAUUUCUCAAGUAGUUGCUGCUGCACCUUGGUGGCUUCCAGUCAAAGGAGCUGAUUGGAGGCACCCUGAAGGGCCAGACUCUAAUAUCUAUGCAAGGAUGGAUCACCCAGUAACACAUGUAUCUUGGAAUGAUGCUACAGCAUACUGCAAAUGGGCUAAUAAGAGGUUACCCACAGAGGCUGAGUGGGAGAAUGCUGCACGUGGAGGGCUCAAAGAUAGGCUGUUUCCAUGGGGGAACAAGUUGAUGCCCAAAGGUCAGCAUAGGGUCAAUAUUUGGCAAGGGGAAUUCCCUACAACCAAUACUGCAGAGGAUGGUUAUGCAGGAACUUGCCCUGUUACAGCAUUUGAGCCUAAUGGAUAUGGCCUCUACAACACAGUAGGAAAUGCAUGGGAAUGGGUUGCUGAUUGGUGGACAACAGUGCACAGUCCUGAACCACAAAACAAUCCUGUAGGUCCUGAUGAAGGUAAAGACAAAGUGAAGAAAGGAGGAUCAUACAUGUGCCAUAUUUCUUACUGCUACAGAUACCGUUGUGAGGCUCGCAGUCAGAACAGUCCUGAUAGCUCUGCCUGCAAUCUAGGCUUCAGGUGUGCUUCUUCUUACCUUCCAGAAGAUGUCCCCUGCAACAAUUGUAACCAGUAAAAACCCUUGUGCUUCCUGCUAUGUUCAGUUACUAAAGAGCAAUCAUCUCCAUACUUAAAACCAUUUUUCUCCUUGGUUUCAUCUGACAUGGUGACACAAAAUUAUACUUUGUUCUGAAAGUUGUAAAAUGGGGACUAGGAUUGCAUUUCAUUUUGUCAGGUCCAUAAUUAAAGGUAAAGGGUAUAGUCCUGAGUUGUACUUAGGAUUCAUUUCUUCGGGUUUGUUGGCUGUAGAUAAAAGAUUAAUAGUUUAUUUAUAAUAAUUCCAUUUAGAAUGGCAAACACAAUUAUUGUGUGUUUAUGUAACAAGAUUAUGGUAUGUAGCAGUAAUCUUGAAAGCAUCUCAAUGUAACUAACUGAAUCUAGCCCACUUUUCAUGUUUAAAGGCCACCGCACAUCUUACGACUGUUCAUGAUCCAAAUUUGGAACAAAUCACAUUUUGCUCAUUUUCUGAAAAUGUUAAUGGAACAUAUCAUUUUAUUUGAGGUUAAAAUUA